AGUCCCGUUCCUGCUUGUUUUGAAAAAAUAUAACAACAAAACAUUAAAUAAUUAUAUAUAAUUUUAAAACCGUAUUAUGCGUUAUUUAUAUAUAACACAUAAAAGUGUUUACAUAUAUGUGUGCCAAUAUUUAAAAUAAUCUCUCAUAAUUGCAAGAUCUUACAGAUAGGCGUUUGUUUUUAUGUAUUCAUCGUUUGUUUUUAUGUAUUCAUAAUAAAGCCGAUCAUCCUCUGGUUUUCGAAGAUCUAAUUAAAAUUUCAUCAUCACAUAUUAUCUCAUAAAAUCUGUGUUCAAACAGUUAACGGUAUUACUUGGUGUACUUAUUUAAUUAGAACAGAAGAAUACAAUCCUUAAGAAGGUUAUUUAGAGGUUAUAAACCCAUAAAUAAAUAAAAUGAAUAAAAAUCUUUUGAAAUAUAUUUCGAUUGCCUGUUUCACUUCAACUGGAUAUUUAGUAGGUAUAUAUACGGAAAGAGGUAAAUGGACUUUGAAUCACAAUUCCUCAAAUUUGAAGAACAUGCCAGGAUUGCCCAUUUUUGGCACAGUUUCUGCUGCAUCUCCUCUUUUACCAUCAUCUACUCCGGAAUUUCCGACUAGUGCAACCAGAGUUUCCCAAAUAAUGAAGUAUGGCUUUCCUAGUUUUGAUCAAAUUAGAUCUUUUGAUGAUUAUGUCCUAAGCUAUGACCGUAGGAAUAGAGUUGCUCAUUGGGUUUUUGAACAUCUAACUAAAGAUAAUGUUAAACGAAACGACGAAGUGGAUAGAUCUAAAUGUGAAUUCAAAUCAGAUGAAAGUAUACAUGCCUUUUUCAGGUCUGAUAAUUCAGAUUACAAGAAAUCGGGAUACGACAGAGGACAUAUGGCAGCUGCAGGAAAUCAUAAAUAUAAUCAAAAACAUAUCGAACAAACUUUUUUCCUUUCAAAUAUGGCACCUCAAAUAGGUAAAGGAUUUAAUAGAGAUUCUUGGAAUAGAUUAGAAAAAUAUGUGAGAAAAUUGACUAAAAUAUACCCAAAUGUAUAUUGCUGCACAGGACCUUUAUACUUACCCAGGAAGGAAAAGGAUGGAAAAAAUUAUGUAAAAUAUGAAGUGAUAGGUUCAAAUCAUGUAGCAGUUCCUACACACUUCUUUAAAAUAGUUGUAAUGGAAACACCAGAUGAAAAAUUAGAGAUGGAAGCAUAUGUAAUGCCAAAUCAAGUUAUUGAUGAUAAUGUUCCACUAACUAGUUUCCAGUUACAGAAAGUUACAAUCUGCCCUUGGGAAGGAAAGUUUGGAAGAGUUCAUAGAGGAAGCCAAGAGACAAUAGCAAAAGCUUGCCAAACAUGUACCAACUCGGUGGUUAUCAUUAGACCUAGCCUUUGAGAAGAUUUUCAAAUUUUGUAUUGCUUUUAUUUCCUAUUUUCUCUUUUUGGGAGACAAUUGCCAAAAUGCAUUGAAGCAACUGCUGGGAUUAUAAGAUUUAAAUCAAGAUCAACCAGAAACAUAUGAUCACUCAAAACUGCUUGAUUUUUUAAAGUGCAGUUUCUGGCUUCCAAAUUAUUUAUGAAAACAUUUGCUUCUAUUUAAAUAAGCAUUUUAACUUCAGCGAUGAUAACAAUUUUAAAAAAAUAGAUUCAGAGGAUAAUUACCAAUUGCAUCAAACCCAUUCACUAAUAUGCUUUGUAUGGUGAUAGUAUUUUUUUGGCCGCGUUUCUUGGGUGGGAUGGAGUACAUUUUUCCAAUGCUGCUUUUAAUACAGUUCCAGAUAUCUGUGAAAAUGCAUGGUAUUCUAUAAAUACAAAGAUUGUUAGUAAUUGGUUUUGUUUGAAUAUGGAUCACAUAAUUAAAAAAAAAAUGUGGAAACAUUGCCCAGUCAUCAAUGACACCCCAAAACAAAAAUAAAACUUUGAAUAAUUUGAUAAAAAAAUGGUUUCUUCUACAUAAACUUGUUUCCGAACCAUUAAUUAAGAAAAUAGUUAUUGUGUAUAAAAUUAAUAAAUAAAAACUUGAUACUCACAUUUUUGUUACGAAUUUAUUUUUUAAAAAUCUUAAACUUAUUCUAUACAGUGUUGUCACCUGACCCACAUUAAAAAUAGAUGCUCCACCAAGAAAUAAACACAGGAGAGUCAAUUAUCUGGAAAAUAUAUUGUUUAAUCAACACCCCUUAUGUUCAAAUUACCCCAAUUUACUGUAAUCUGACUGAUAUUUGCUUGGUUGUAGAGUAACUAGUUUUCUUUUUAAAUAUUGCAGAUUGAAUGUUAUAAAAAUCACAUCUAAUUGGUAGAGUUGUAAGUGUUAUAUUUUUCACGAAUCAAUCAGCUGAGUUCCAUCUGCGCAUGUUUGUUGUUUCUUACUUAUUCAAUUUAUUUAUUCACUUAAGCUAGAUACACUAAACUAUUCAUUAAAUUGAUGACUAAGACUCAACUAUUCACUAACUUAUAUAAUUUAAUUGAAUUCACUGUUUAAUUUUUACUAUAUCGAUCCGUUCACUGACAUGCAAAUAUUUACUGACUUCCUCGGUGAUAAACAAAACGGAUUUCUCGAUAUUUCGGUUCUAGAAUCUAAACAAAUAAAAAGCCUUCCUAGAUAUUGAUUCUAUAAAAACGUCCAUAACACACUUUAAAUUGGUUAUAAAAACAAUUCAUAGAUUGUCUGCGCGUCCACCACAUAUUAGAUUCCAUUAACAUAAUCGUACAGGACCGGCGUCACUGUCCAUGUCGUGGACGAGUUCGUAACGGUAUUACACGUUGUAUCACGUCAAAAGGUUUUUAAAUCAAUCAAACGGGUGUACUUUGCUCUCAAGUUUUCUCAAACUAAGAUUAUUUAGAUCUCAAUAUUUGUACAAUUUUUUGUUCUAGGUACCACCAGAAAGUGUAGAAAGAGCAGCAGGAUUAUUAUUCUUCGAUAAGAUAACCAAAGAUAGACUAAGUAAAAUAAAUGGAAAAUCAAAAUAGUAUGACACAAUGCCAUAUUAUAAAUAAAUGAUAAUAUAUAGUAGUGUUAUGGAUAAUUGUAGAGAAGAUCUACUGGAAUAGUCUACUUCAGUCCAUCCAUGUUUUUACUUUCUGAUAUUUGUAUAAAGGCAAUUCACAAUGAGAUAAAUGAAAUCUAUUUCAUGGAAAUAAACAUAUUGCUACCAGGAAGCUAAUGACAUUGAUCCUGGGCAACAAAAACAAAAAUAAAUAAAAAACGGAACCCCCUCAUGGCAAAGGCAAAAAUUUACUACUUUAGACUUUAUUUGGUAAAAUGUUUUUAAAAGUAGACCAAAGACUGCAAAUGAAUUCCAAGUAAACUGACUGAAAACAAAAUUCUAUGAAUAAAAUAUAUUUAUAAUUUUGGAGAGUUUAAAUUUACAUAAACUAGAUGUGAGCGUCUAUUUUUAAGAUAGUAUCAACUGUGAUCCUUAAAUUUUUACUGUAUUAAUAUAUCCAACUUAUCCCUUCUUACUACAGGUGAUUUCUAAUUGCUGUCCGACUUUAAAAGCAUUGUAACUUCAAGCAAAGUUUUUAUUUUACAUUUAAUCUCAUUUAUUAAGUUCGUUACAGUCCUAAGUAUUUCCAAUGAUUCAGUUGAGAAAUACACAUUUAUAUACACUUCACUACUGUGGCUACUCACUAUUGAACUGGGUUGUAACUAUCAGACAAGUUCAAAACGCCUGGUACGUUUGAGCCUGUCAAGGGACUCUAAGCUUUCUAGGUGGUUCACAUUUUUGCACAAAGUCAGUUUUUAAAUACAAUAUUAUCACUUAACUUAAUGACAUUCAUGUAAAAAAUUA